CCUCUCUCCCUCUCUCUCUCACUCUGGUGCUCGGCUCCGCACAGCUCCUCUACUCAUUUGCUGCUGAUUCACUCGCUCACUCGCUUGCCUCUCUUCUGCCAGUCGCUCUGCCUUGCUGCGCUCUGCCUGCCUGCCUGCCUGAGAAUGGUCCAGCCGGUGCCUGGGGGUCUGCUGUCUCGGCCUGUCUGAACACACGCAUAAACACAGAGUCAAUCGACAGGCGGAAGCACACACACACACACACACACACAGACACACACAGACACACACACACAUACACACACACACUGGAGAGCAAUGUGAGAGAGGAAGUGCCUUCCCUGAUGUCUGCUGCAGCUUUGACCUGCUUCUACAGCUAAAGCUCCACCCCCGCCCACCCCCCCCCGCCUCGCUCGCUUGCUGCCACAGUAACACGAGUACAAGGACAGUGACCACACCCUCCUCGCAGCCUACACUCCGACCUGCUCGUCCGUCCAUCACCAUCACCAUCCACUCCUCGCAGCCAGGCUCCAGCCUCAGCUCUUCUCACCAGACGGCCCCACUGCCUUACCAGCCUUCCAACAGCAGCCCAACACACACUCCAGGCCCACGCAGCAUCUCACCCACCUUGCCUUUAACCUUCGCCUUCGACCCUCUAAGCCUCCACUCGGCCCUCAGUGUCCUUAACCUUCCUGCAGGCGACACCCAGACUAUCACCUUUGUUGCCUGCUUCACCACACCUCACCAGAGGGCUCUGGGUUUGGUCUGUUCGCCUGUUUGCCUCCUUGGCUUGCAAAUGUUGAGAGCGUUCAGCAAACAGCAGUGAGGGAGAAAAGUCAAGUGUAAGGCUAAGUCAUCUCCUGGAUAUAAACUCUGUGUCUGAUCAGGAACGUUAUCCAAUAACAUUCACAACAUAACGUCGUCCUGCAACAUUUCACUCUGGAUCUAUACCAUCAAUAGGAACUUUAUUUUGAAUGUUUCAUUUCAACUUUACACACACAUAUCACAGACUUUAACAACAAAUAAACAAACAAAAAAAGACCUUAAAGUUGUGGAUUAAAACACUAGAGGUACUUUUAUUAGCGCUUGAACAGAUUUCAGCUCGGAAUACCUUUUUGCCAGCGUGUCGCCAUGGCGAUGAACAUGGCACAUAUCCGCGACACAAAGUGGCUGACACUUGAGGUAUGCAGGGAGUUCCAGAGGGGCACGUGCUCGCGCUCUGACCAGGAGUGCAAGUUCGCUCAUCCGGCCAAGAGCUGUCAGGUGGACAACGGACGGGUCAUCGCUUGCUUCGACUCACUCAAGGGCCGUUGUUCCAGGGAGAACUGCAAGUACCUGCACCCUCCUCCCCACCUAAAGACCCAGCUUGAGAUCAAUGGCAGGAACAACCUGAUCCAGCAGAAGAACAUGGCCAUGCUGGCCCAGCAGAUGCAGCUCGCCAAUGCUAUGAUGCCUGGCACCCAGCUACCACCUAUGGUGAGGGGACACACACGUAUGAACAUACCACAGCUACUCCACAUGCCCAUGUUCUCAAUGACGCCAGGUCUGGCCACCAACGCCAGUGCAGCAGCUGCAGCUGCGGCCUUUAAUCCCUACCUGAGCCCUGUGUCACCAGGCCUGAUGCCACAAGAGAUCAUGCCCAGCACCCCCGUCCUCAUGGCCUCCAGCCACACUGUCAGCCAAGUCCCCAACUCUGCGGCUGCUGCAGCCCAGAAACUGCUGAGAACGGAUAGACUUGAGGUGUGUAGGGAAUAUCAGAGGGGCAACUGCUCUCGGGGGGAGAACGACUGUCGCUUCGCCCACCCCGCAGACAGCACCAUGAUCGACACCAAUGACAACACCGUCACCGUGUGCAUGGACUACAUCAAGGGCCGGUGCUCCCGAGAAAAGUGCAAGUACUUCCACCCGCCGGCCCAUCUGCAGGCCAAAAUUAAGGCUGCCCAGCACCAGGUGAACCAGGCCACAGCCGCCGCGGCCAUGACUCAGUCGGCUGUCAAAUCACUGAAGCGACCCCUCGACGCAACCUUUGACCUGGGCAUCGCCCCUAAUGUCAUGGCUCCCCUGCCCAAGCGGGCAGCCCUGGAGAAAGCCAACGGGGCCUCUGCCAUGUUUAACACCAGCAUGCUCCAGUACCAACAGGCCCUGGCCAGCAUGCAGUUUCAGCAGCAGGCUGCUUUCCUCCCAUCAGGCUCAAUAUUGUGCAUGACACCUGCAGCCAGCGUUGUUCCCAUGAUGCACGGUGGUAAUCCAGCCACUGUGUCUGCAGCCACCACAUCUGCCACAAGCGUUCCCUUCGCAACUGCCUCCACCAAUCAGGACUCUUCCUUAUCAAAGUUGACUACCAACGAAUACAUGCAAUUGAUUCCAAUAAUAUCUGCAGAUCAUCUGAGUAGUCACAAGUACUUGACUCAAAUGUAGUUCCUCUCAAGAACAAUCAAAUGAAUGUGUGCUGGCACCGUCCAAGCCAAAAGAGUUCAGCCUUUAUGUACAUAACCUUCAGAAUGUCAAGAAAUGGGACAAGGAGGGUCUACCAUCUCUUAGCCGGUCCACAACGCUGGUCUCAUCACACAUUAAGGGUGCAACACAUGAUCUGUGCCAUCUUCCCACAAUGUCAAGAAAAAAUUUGUUGUCAAAUGCAAUGUCCAGCAGAAAGAAGAGGAUUUCUUGGUGCCGGGGUCAGUGCGUCUCUCCCUCUGUGGGAAUCGUUCACAGUAUUCUGUGUCUGACUAAAUCAUAGCACUCAAUCUUUUCCAACUAUAUUAUCAUUACUGCACGCACCGAAGGUCAAGAGCGUGAUUGCAUAAAGCAACAUCCAGUCUGGUACGUUAGUAGACCAAGAUUUUUCUUUCCUUUUUUAUUUGUUCUGCUUUAUUAUUUUUUAUUAAUAGCCAUAUUUCAUAGUUUACGAGUAAAAUGCAAACAUGCACCUUAAAUUUGAAUUGAAAUCUGAAAGGCACAAUGAUUCUAACAGGAAUUUUAUCCGCCAAAAGAAUUACGCAUGUACAGUAUUGUGUUUUUACGGCUACUAGUGAAACUAGAUGUUGAAAUGAUGGUCUUGGACAUAUGAAUGUUCUGGGUAAACCAACAUACCUGUGUACCUUGAAAGCACAGCCAGGCUAGCUUUUCUCACCUUGUCAUGUGCCAUCAAGGCCAUACAGCUAAGUGUUAUCUCAGCAGUGUUAUUUGUUUACCGAAGGUAAAAGUUUUGUAUGGCUCUUUUUGUAUUGUUUAGUUUUCAGAAUCUCCUUUACAAGUGUUUUUUUAAACUUUUGUUUUCUCUAAUUAAUCAGUUUUAGAAGUGGUGUUCUCGCCAUUUUUUUAAUUUUAUUUUGUUGUUUUUUCUUCUAAAAUCAAAAAUUGAGGGUUUUUCUAAAGUUUGUCAUACCUAUUUUCAUAGACUUGUGUUGUUAUUGUUGGUUGGGAUUAAGUUGUUGCUCAAGUCCAUUGACUCCAAAGCCUGGUGAAGUUGAGGGUCUAACUUCAAUUGACAUUGUGUUACUUUGUUCUCCCGCCUUUAAAGAGGAGUGACUCUAAAACUGUGUCUCCAAGAAGCACUGUUCAGCCAUGUGUUGAUGGGAAUUUAAAACAACAGACCUGAAGGUCUAUAGGUCAUUUAAACCGCAUGUGCACUUGAAUGAUUGUUUGUCUGGUCACCCUGUUUUAAUUUCACAACCCAUAAACUUGAACUUGAACUUUUGGGGAAAUUCAGCAUCUUUAUGUGUUUGUGUUUCCAAGCAAAACAUGAAGGUUCUCAUUAAUUUGUAGAUCUGACAACAGAAACCAAAGCACAGUUUGUCUCUCAUAUUCACAAAGGGUUACAGAGGCAUCUCUCCAGAGGCUUAAACAAUUAAGGAAAUAUGUUUUUCAUCUUUUGAUUCAUCUCUUAGUUUUAUGAUCACUUCCCUUUUCUGUUUUCACAGAGAUGUGUAGUGUGUCUUUACCGAUUGUAUUGUACCUAACAAAGCCUUAGAUUACAAUUAAUGGGUCUCAGCCCAAUCAAAUGUACUUUCAAUCACCAUGCAGGUAAAGAACACCAAUGAUGUUUUAUAGUUAUCUCACGUGCCGCUUAUGAUCUUUUUUUGUUCUGUCUAUGUAGAAGUAACAAUUACUCUCUUAAAUUUCAUUGAACUUAUGUGUUAUGUACUACUUAAGGAUUUGAAUCUAUUUGAGAUAUGUAGUUGUAGAUUUUUCUUUUUUGCCUUACUAUAUAUUACUUGACAACAUUGAUAUAGCCGUUGUAGAUUUUGAGGUAGAAUGACAUUCAUAACUUUUUUCAACCAUAUAAAUGAUAAUGUGUUGAGUCAGUUUUAAAUAUUCACUUCAUUCAUAUAGCUGGAUGUCUUUUUCAGUUGAUGUUACAUUCUCAGUUAAUUUUGUUGAUGAAAGACGUUUUUGAUACAGGGAAUGAGAUCAAUUAAUUUGCUGCCACUGCAGCAUCUCUGAGUAGACAAAAAACUAAUGUUUUAACCAACUUAAAUUUUCCUUGUAACAUGUCAAGAUCAUAUUGAAAACAUAUUGUAUUGAAAAAUAUAGUGUCCAUGUUUUAGAGUAAAAAAUAUUUUCUAAAAAAAAAAGAAGAAAAAAAGAUAUGUACUUUUGUUUGAAUAUUUCUUAAGUUUGCCCUGAAUGUCAGGCCAAAACGAGCAGUGAGAUUGACGGGUGUUUGGAUGUGAGAUUAGGAGUGAGAAAGCAAAGACUUUUCCAGACUGGAGAAGUCAGAAAUGCUGCAGAUGAUGAGUUCUAACCUAAGGGACGAAGGUUGACUUUUUGCACUUCUGUAUAUAGUCAAAUGAACAGAGAAAAAAAAAUGUGUAUCAUAUUGAGAUAUUAUUUUGAAUAAAAAAAGAUCUAUAAUUAUAAGGAAUUUUGCUAGAUUAAUUUAAAUUCUUAAAUUAGAAGACCAGCUAAAACAAUUGCUUGCAAAGAAGGGCACUAGUUUCUUGGCCAAUGCAUUCAGAGAAAGCUAUGCGCUUUUUGUGUUAUUUUAUCAGUGGCUAGUAUUGCCAGGGAAUGUUUUAGGGGAACAGAUAUCCCCAUGUCAUGCUAACUCCACCCCUCCUGUAGGAUGGCAUAUCCGAUGAUGUCCAUAUAUCAUUUGUUGGAUUUGGUCAUGCAGUAUUGCUGCUCCCAUGGUACAGUUGAUACAUACAACUAUCAAAAUUUGUAUUCUAUUAUAGUUUGAUUUGACUGCAUGUAAAAGUACAAACAUACAAACUGCGUAGAUAUGUAAAGAAAGAUAACACAUUCAGAUUACAGAAUAUACAAUAAUAUGUUUGUUUGUUUUUUCAAAUUAUACAUACAGUAGAUAAAAUCCACAGUGGGGAGAAAUAAUACUUCAAAAACAAGUCAUCUUACUCUUGUGUGAUAAAAUAUUUUCCAAGCAAACAUGUUAUUUAAAGAUAAAAUAUUAGCACUCAUCCACCCCAGAUACUUUCUCAUAGCCAUAUACUUACAGUGGACACUGACUCACAGGAAGUUGUUCCUGCUAUCAAGCUGUGCACUCAGCAGGUGAAGGCUCACCACACCAAAUGCGUAUUUGGCAAAUUAGUCUUUGAAAUGAAUGUAACAGUCACCGGUCAACAUGCUUCUGACUCAAGGCUGAUGUAUAGUCGCUACAGAACCAAAGCUCCAUUUUCUCGAAGCCAGAUGUUCGGUCUCCUGGCUAGAACCAAGGUUUCUCUUCCCUGCUGAGGGCAUAUGUACGCUUUGACUGCUUUCUACUUGUAAGUGCAACCACCAAUUAUGUAUUUGCUAACAGUUGCCACAAUAAUUGUACUAUAUUGUCUUCAGAUUUGUUUAUGCACAUUUUAUUGUUGCCAUAAUUGACUCUUGCUGUAUGGAUGAAAAAAAUCUGAAUAAAACAAAUAUUUGAUUUGCUCAUGCAA